UCGUGUUCCAUAGUUUUCAAUUGUUUUGUCUAAAUGUUUUUCAUCGAGUAAAGUAUUAGAUUUCCUUCACGGUCAAAAUUUUUUCACUUAUCCUUCUGUAUUACAAGAAAAAAAACGAAUAGAAAGAGUAAUGAACACGUAUCGGGUUUGUUCCGAAUUUAUUUGCUAGGAUCAUUGUCAUCACUUUCACUUUUUAUUUACGCGUUUUGCUUUAAUAGUGGUUGUAGUGUACAUCGAAAAGCAGUCGCCAUGGAUGACACCAUGUCGACCCUAACGAAAAUGACCCGCACGGUAAAGAAACUUGAAGUGCCCAGACCCUUGAAAUCGACGACCAGUUCCGCACAUAACCGUAAUUCUGUUUUAGAUGUCAAAAUUAAUUCUGUUGAUGACCUAAUAGUUUUGACGGAGGCGGUGGCGUACCAAAUGAUGCAAGGAAACUUUGACCGAGCACUGCAAAGCAAUGUGGCCACUAUGUAUUCUAAUCUUAAGCUUUACGGAGCCCAGCUGGAAGCACUCUAUAAAGACUUUCUUGACAGAUAUUUUGUUGUUUUCCGUAAUGGAUCUCAGGAUGAACGGCUGGAUAAAAAAACUAGACUUCAUCUGCUUGAACUAAUAGAAUUGCGAGCUAAGCAUUGGCAGGGAUCUGAUUAUAUGAGUCAAUACUAUAGACAUCGUGGCACUCAUGCUGAGCCGCUUCUAGUGCCGACGAUGGAGGGGUCGGGCGGAGGCGGCGCGGCGUCACCCACGCUGGCUGCGCCCGCCGAGCCGCCCACGCUGCUCGGCCCCGGCGAACUCAUCAAGCCCUCAGGCAAAUUCCCCAAGCCCACCAAGAUACCGGGCAAGAACUACUCCAAGGAUGAGGUCGUCAUACGCAAUGCAGACUCAGGGAAAGUGAUGGGUAUCAAGGGCAGGCGGGUGCACAUGAUCGAGGAGCUAAGUGAUACGAUCAUAUCGUUUCAGCGAGUGAGUCCCGGAGCUAAGGAGCGCCUUGUCCAGAUCACCGGGCCCAACGAGGAAAACGUCAACCACGCCAAGCACCUGAUCGGCGACACCAUCCGGCGCAACGCGUCGCCCGUGCGGCUGGAGGGCGCGCUGGAGGGCGGCGCGCUGGCGGCGUCGCGCGCGUCGCUGGACUCGGCCGGCUCCGACGAGCGCCCGCGGGAGAAGUCUCCCCACAACAAUUCCAGAGCUUUGCUGCAUAGUUUCUCGACGAACGAUGCUGCGCUGGGAGAGUAUAAAUAUACCGUAACUUUCGGGGAACAUUCCAUCAAGAUCACGGGCAACAAUCUGGACCUUGUUAAGACGGCGAAGCUGGUGCUGGACGAGUACUUCGAGAGCGCCGGCGCGCUGGAGGCGAUGGCGCUGGGCUCGGGCGACUUCUUCACGCUGUCGCAGCGGCCCGCCGCCGCGCUGCUGCUGCGCGACGACGCCGCGCUCAACGGCGCCGACGACGACGUGUUCGCGCCGCCCGCGCCGCCCGCCGACGACGCGCCCGACGACGCCGCGCCGCGCCGCCCGCGCUUCUCGCGCGCCGCCUCCACCGACAAGAGCGCAGGUGGCGCGCGGCAGACGUACUCGUACGAGACGCUGGUGCAGUACGCAGACUCCCCGCUCAGCAAGCUGCCGCCCGCCGGGCUGGCCGCCUUCCCGCCCGAGCUGGCGCGCAAGAGUUGCCUGGAGUUCGACAGCGUCAGCUACUUGAAGAGAGUGCGCAGCGCCGCCGGAGUGUGCCUCACCCUCGACGCGCCCGACUCGCCCGAGCCCGAGUGACGCCCCCCCCCCCCGCACGCCUCCACCCGCACUGUAGCACGUAGCGCCCCCUCCCUUAGCACAGCUUCCCGACGUACCCGCCCGCUCCGCUCGUUCACGAGCGGUCGGAGUGCGAGUACGUCGACUUGUAUUUUUUAGGUCUGAAUUCUCUUGUCGCUUUAGCCGUCCGUCUAUUGACUUUUUUUUUGCUUACACGAAAUGUGACUAAUUUAGCGGACUUACUACCUACUAAAAGUAUUAGCUCACCAAAAUAUUUAUUUAUUUAAUGUCAGUAUAUCGUAUACCGUGAUUUUUAACGAUUAUAUACUCUCGAAACUGAGUGUGGAUCUAAAUGAUGAAAAUUGUGAUAGAUAUUUUCGAAUAUAAAUUCCUUUUAAAGACAGAUGUUAGAUAUUUUAGUUUGCAAAAAUGAUCUCUUAACAGAUUCUUAAAAAUUUGUUACGUUUUAGUAUUUUACGAACCCCAAUAGAACAAGGUCUAGAAGAGAAACCGCAAUUUUCUAGAGAUCCAUUUGAGUGUCACGAGUUAGUUAACUUUUAUUGUAUAUAUUGACUAAAGGAACUGUUUGUUUCAAAAGUCACAGAGUGAUUCCAUUUAUUUUAAGAAGAAUGCAUGCAUUUCUUUGUGUGUUUGUAUACUCAUAUUCAGAUUUGUAUCUAGUGUCUAGUCCUGUGGCGAAGGUGUCGAUUCUCACUAUGUCUAAGCUUUUAUGUUUCAGAGAAAGCCUGUCAAUUUAGAGUCUAUUAAAAGAAUAAUAAAUAAAAAUUAUUAACCUGAUGUGAAUUUAUAUUUACGUUGUUAUUAUUAUUAGUAGGUAUUUUAAAUCGCUGUGCACUAAACCAAAUAAAUUAUAAGUAAUUGUUGUUAUAAUGUAAAAAAAAAUAUUAUACUAACGUUGUUGUCAGGCUUUCUCCAGAUAUUUAUUUAUAUAGAGUAUCUCGAAAAAGUAAAACAGAAAUAUCUAUUACGUGUUACAUUAAGACUGUUAAGGUUAUUGCUCUUUAGCUUUGAUCGAGAAUAUUAUAGAGUUUAUACAAACAUAUUAUAUCUUAUACAAAACUUUUGGCAAUUAUAAACAUGUUAUAAGCAACUUGGGUUAGAAAUAUUUUUUAUAUAUCGAUUCUUAUAAACUUGAAGCUACAAAUUAUCUUUACAAAUGUUACUAUCCAAUACACACGGGUAGAUAUUUUGCACUUUAUUUAUAAGUCGUUGGAAAAUAAAAUUUGUUCAUUGCACAUUUAUGAAUGAUUCACGAGGCAAAAAUUACCAUUUGGUGCUCAUUGGUAUUAUUAUCGUUAAAUUUAAUUUUGUUUACACUUUUUUUUUUUGUUUUACGUCCAAAGUAAAGGCAAGGCUAUAUUGUGAAAAUUUAUGAUAUAUACUAAAUUUUCUAAUAAA